AUGGCGGCCGAGAUGAGCAGUUCGGAAUCAUCAUUUGUCCUUAAUUCUGCUUUAGUUAACAACGAAUUUUCUUCAGAUGAUGAUUCUGAAAGUGAUUUUACUAUUUCCGAACCAUACGACUCCCAUGAUGACUUAUCUGGUAUAUCGUCAAGUAUUAUUACAGCAAAAAAUUUGGUCUCGUUUUUGCAAACACUUCGUGAAGGCAACACAUCACAUAUAUUUUCAAACAAAGGAGAUAUUUUAACAUUGGCAUUGGAAGCAGUAUUGGACGAAAGCAAGUCUAUUCUUAAGGAAGAGUUUUUGCAAGACGUUUUACGUUUAGUCGAAGCUUGUUUUACCAAGGCUGAAGUGGAAAAAACUCGACAGAAGAAAGCAGUAAUUUUGGAGAGGGAAUUUGGCAUGACAAGGUCCAGCAGUUUUUACCAUUACGCAAUCAAACAGUCAUGGGGAAAACUUAUUGGUUAUGAUGUCUUAAGCGAGAACACUAAUUUUCAUCAAGCAUCAGAGCAAUUAUUGCAGCAAAUUCUGCAGCACUUUUGGUCUUUGAAUAGUGGGAGCCAGUUUAAUACUAUUGUGGAAAGCAUUUAUGAUGGAGAAAGUCAAAGUGGCACUGGAGAAUCACUGAAUUAUUGUGAUGAAAGCGAUUUUGAUUCUAUUCGAGACCAUGGUGGUUGGGUCAUUAAACGGACUAGGGAGAACAUUUUGAAGGGUGAAAGUGAUGUUCGAGCUAAAGAGUCGGUUGGUGGGUCAGAGGUUGUUCAUGGUGAUAAAGGAGAUGCAAUGAAGAUAAUUGCAACCAUGGGAGAGGAUGUGAAGCAACCGGAUGGAAAAUUUCGCUUUAUUAUCCACAAGAAUAUUGUUUCAUUUUUUUUGUUUCUUCAUAAUCUUGUUGAAAGCCUGAUUGAUCUUAGAAAUCUGGCACUUGAAAAAGGAAACAUUUUGACCAGUUGUCUUGAAAAAUUGUCGAUGAAUAAGGAGCUAAGAGACAAAUGGAAUGACAUAACAUCAACAACACCCAAUGCAACAUCAGUGUUUGUUCUGCAAAAUAUUGUGACCUUUUUCAUCAAAUCAAAGCAGCAAAUAAUUCGAGAGAAAAGAGGGCUAAAACCAAAUAAGAAGUCCAUGGCAAUUCGACAACAACUAAAGCAUUCUAGUCUCCAUACUUCAAAAGCAAAGCAAACAAGUGAAGAAAUUUUACAGUUAAGGUCAGAGAAUCUGUCAACAGUUCAUAUCACUAAUUUUAUGGAAUCAUUGUCAACCUACUCCCACUCUGUGCAAGAAAAGAUUUUGGGGGAACUGACUGGCCAAGAACUUUCUAAAGUAUUAAAAUCAUUGGGCAAGCCGUCACUGUUGGGGAAGAAAAAAAGUCGACAAAUUGGAUUAUUACUUGAACUUCUAAAAAGUGGUGACAUUACAGUACUGUAA